AUGGAUUUUCCUUACACGUCGCCCCUUUACGUAACGCUUAUCAGUGAUGUCCGGGCGCGCAACGGGCCGGACUAUCUGAUAAGGGGCGCUCGAAUUAAGAGCAUCGGCGGCAAGUCAAGUGUCGUUGGGGGUCCGCGCGGGUCCACAUGCAUUAUUCAGGGCCCAUUUCUAUACAACGCCGAAGGGCGGCCCGAUAAAAACUUCUCGUCUGACAAGUCGGACGCCUGCACCCUCUACACGUUUACGUCGCGUCCUCCUAAUCCCGGCACAUACCCCGACGAGUUGUCU